GAAUGUAUUAAUUAUGUAUGGAAAUCUAUUUACUUAAAAACAGUUUUGAAGUAAUUUAAUUUGGUUUCGACAAGUGAACAAAAUUACUAUAUUUCUUUUCUUGGGUCGUAACGUGUACAACAUACCAAACAAUACACACACACACACAAAUAUAUCCAUACAUGCAUUCAUGUAAACAUACUGUCAAUAAAGAAAAAUCUUGUUACCAAAAACAUUAACUAUUAUUACUAAAAGCAUAACAAAAAGUAUCUAUGCCAACGUCAUCGGUUUACCACGAAAAGCAAAUGAGGCAACUGUGUGCCUUACAUGCACUCAACAAUCUCUUUCAAGGCGAUCAAUCUUAUACCAAAGAGGAGCUGGAUGAUAUAUGCAACAACCUGAGUCCAAAUGUAUGGAUUAAUCCACAUCGCUCUGUGCUGGGGCUUGGAAACUAUGAUAUUAACGUUAUAAUGACUGCGCUGCAAAAACGGAACUGUGAAGCCAUUUGGUUUGAUAAGCGGAAGGACCCUUCCAUUAUAGACCUGGACUCAAUUGUUGGCUUCAUCCUGAACAUUCCAUCUGAUUAUAAAUUCGGAAUAAUAACUUUACCAUUGCGCAGGCGACACUGGAUAGCUGUGCGACGCAUUGGGAACUCCUACUACAAUUUGGACUCGAAACUUCGGCAGCCGGAACUGCUCGGUAAUGAGGCGGAUAUGCUGCAGUUUUUACGGGAACAGCUCUCCGAUGAGAUACAGCAGCGGGAACUGUUUCUGGUACUCGAGCAGCGAGAUGGCGAGGAAAACGGUCAGCGUUGGAUCAAGCAGACCUCGAGAAAUGCCGUUGUCUGACCAGAACAGCCCGCUGUCUACUCUAGUCAAUAUAGGACCUAUGCUGAAGAGAUUAUUAAAGCUCAAUCAAAAAUUUACUGUGUGAAAAGUAAGGGAAAUAACUCAUUCUUUCACAAUUUACAUAUAGUUAAUGGCAAAGGUACAAUUUGUAUUUGAUCAAUGUUCACGGUCAAUCGAAGAUGUUUUAGAUUAAUGCAAUUCUUUUUUUUUGUGUAAUAUAAAUCUACGGAGUUGGAGUAUUGUGGAUUAAGGCAAGAACGGAUUAUCAAGUAUAUAAUGACAAUUGUUUGAUUGAGCUUGGCUUAAGCUAAAUAAACUUGUAUACAAAUUCAU